AUGCUCAGUUGGGCCUUGCGUCGUUACAAUGAGGCCAUCUAUGAUAUCUGCCGUCGCAGCCUAGACAUCGAGCGCCCGACCUACACCAACCUGAACCGUCUGAUUGCUCAGGUCAUCAGUUCGCUGACGGCUUCUCUGCGCUUCGAUGGUGCCCUUAACGUCGAUGUCACUGAGUUCCAGACCAACUUGGUGCCCUACCCUCGCAUUCACUUUAUGCUCAGCUCGUACGCUCCUAUCAUUUCCGCCGAGAAGGCUUACCAUGAGCAGCUCUCGGUUGCUGAGAUUACCAACGCUGCGUUUGAGCCAGCAUCUAUGAUGGUGAAGUGCGACCCACGCCACGGCAAGUACAUGGCCUGCUGUCUGAUGUACCGUGGCGACGUGGUGCCCAAGGAUGUGAACGCCGCUGUGGCCACAAUCAAGACGAAGCGCACUAUCCAAUUCGUGGACUGGUGCCCAACCGGCUUCAAGUGCGGUAUCAACUACCAGCCGCCUACCGUUGUGCCGGGUGGUGAUCUGGCCAAAGUGCAGCGCGCAGUGUGCAUGAUUUCAAAUAGCACUGCCAUCGGCGAGAUCUUCAGUCGCCUCGACCACAAGUUUGAUUUGAUGUACGCCAAGCGUGCCUUCGUGCACUGGUACGUCGGUGAGGGUAUGGAGGAGGGUGAGUUCUCCGAGGCCCGCGAGGAUUUGGCUGCUCUUGAGAAGGACUUCGAGGAGGUCGGCGCCGAGUCCGCCGAGGGUGCUGGUGAGGGCGAGGGCGAGGAGUACUAGAAGAUGACUGGGCCUCGUACUUGAAACAAACUGUGUAACAAUAUGAGCUAAUG